AUGAAUCGUACGCGAAAAAAGGUAAUACGCGCCAAAAAUCCGUAUACAGACGCGAAUUUAUUUUCCCGCUGGAGCUUCUGGUGGACACGAGAUCUGUUUAAACGCGGACUGGAAGCACCACUGACCGAAGAGGAUCUGUACCAGAAUAGAAAAACACUGGACAGCGAGCGAUUAACCAAACAGUUUAGCACUUUGUGGAAUGAUGAGCUUAAGCGCAGUAAUCCCAGCGUAGUACGUGUGCUUUGGCGUGCUUACGGCAGCUUUUGUUUGACACUUAGUGCAAUUUUAACCACACUGGACUCCCUCAGCAAAUGUGGAGUACCAAUAUUUCUCAGCGGACUGUUGGGUUAUUUUGUCAAGAACCAAACAACCACAAGUCAAUCCGAUGCUUAUCUGUAUGCUAGCGCCUUGACUGCCUGCUUACUGUGGCCUUCCUUAACGCUACAUUCAUAUAUGUUUUAUGUGUUCCAAGUGGGCUGCAAAAUGCGUUUGGGCUUGUCGGGUCUCCUCUAUCGCAAAUGCCUGCAAAUGAGCAGCAGAAAUGAUGCCAUGCGUGCUCGAGCGCUUAACAUACUAUCCAUAGAUCUGGGACGACUGGAUUUUAUGAUACGCAGUCUACGCGAUCUCUGGCGAGGACCUGUUGAAGCAAUCAUUAUAAGCUACUUGCUUUGCAGCCAGCUGGGAGUAGCUCCUGUUGUGGGCAUAGUGUUAAUGCUGAGCUUUACACCGCUGCAGGCUUGGUCGGCCAAGAAGUCUGCUCAAUAUCGACGUCGUGCCGCCGAACGCACAGACUUGCGUUUGAAGCUCAUGAACGAGAUUAUACAAAGCAUGCAGUUGAUUAAGAUGUAUGCGUGGGAGCUGUCCUUUGCGCGCUUGGUGCAUGCUGCACGUCACAAGGAGCUGCAAGCCAUGCGCGCCAUUUAUAUUAUACAAUCUAUACUUAGAUCCAUAUCAAUACUUGCGCCCAUGUGUGUGUUUCUAACACUCAGCACGCAUAUAUAUCUGGGCAAUGCGCUGACGGCGGAGAAGCUUUACAUGGUCAGUAUAUACUUUCAUUUGAUGAAGGAAACAUUGGUGUACUUUUGGCCCUUGGGCUUAAUAUAUGCGUCCGAUGUGCGAGUCUCCCUGCGCCGCUGCCAGGAAUUUCUGCUAGCAGACGAACAAAGAAGCGACAGCCAAGGCGAGGAAGCGAAGACGCUGUUAAAGCAACAGCUUAAGCAUCCACAGCGACUGCGUGAGUAUCAACCACUAGCUGCGGAGAAAUUGGUGCAACUGAAGCAAGUGAGUGCAUCUUGGGCCAAUGGCAGCAGUGCCAUUAAUAAUUUAAGCCUGGAUAUAGCGCAUAAAGGACUAACAGCCAUUGUGGGCAGUGUGGGCGCCGGCAAGAGUAGUUUGUUGCAGUUGCUGCUAGGUGAGCUGGCGCUGGAUGAGGGCGAGGCUUUGGUGCAGGGCAAAGUGUCCUAUGCAGCGCAAGAGCCUUGGGUCUUUGAGGGCACAAUACGCGACAACAUUGUAUUUGUGGAGCGGUACAGCGAGCGUCGCUACAAAAAGGUGCUUGCAGCUUGUGCGCUUGAAAAGGAUUUGGAGCUGUUGCCUGGCGGUGAUUUAACUAUUGUGGGUGAGCGUGGCGUCAGUCUAAGCGGUGGACAAAAGGCGCGCGUAAGUUUAGCGCGUGCGGUUUACACUCAAGCGGAUAUUUAUUUGCUGGACGAUCCCCUUUCAGCUGUGGACGCGCAUGUGGGCAAGCACAUCUUUGAGCGCUGCAUACGUCAGCUGCUGGGAAAUAAAAUCUGCAUAUUGGUCACACAUCAGCUGCAGUAUUUGCACAACGUGCAACAUGUAGUACUCCUGAGCGCUGGUCAAGCGCUAGCCCAAGGCAGCUACAAGGAGUUGCAUGCGCAGGACUUGAAGUUCUUGCAACACAAUGCCAACGAUUUGGAUGCGCAUAGCAUUAGCAGUCAGCUGUCCUUCGAGGAUAUGGAGCAAAGCUUGGAGCAUCAAGAGUUGCUGCGCUCACACGAGAAUGUAGCAGAGGCCAGUCAGGAGCAGCAGUCCAUAGGCGCUGUCAAGUUUGGCGUUUUUGCUGCAUACUUCAAGGCGUUGGAAAGCAAGUUGCUGCUAACAUGUGUUGCUGCGCUUUUCAUUGGCUCUAGAAUUAUGCUCACAGGCGUGGAGUACUUCCUAGCGCGCUGGGUUAACUGGGAGGAGGAACUCAGCUUGAACGCCAGCAGCAGCAACAGCACGCUCCUUAGUCCAGAUGUUAAAGCUGCACACAUACAGAUGAUCAGCUUCUACGCCAUUAUAAUUGGCUGCUCGUUUUUUGUUUUCCUCGUACGCACUUUUAGCCACUUUGGCAUGUGCCUUAGAAUCUCAUUGCGUUUGCACGAUCGCCUCUUUCGUGGCAUUACGCGCGCCACUAUGCGUUUCUUCAAUACCAAUUCCUCAGGUCGUAUUCUAAACCGUUUCUCCAAGGACAUUAGCUCUGUGGAUAGUGAGAUACCAACUACGCUUUUCGAUUGCACUAAUCUCGGCAUCAAUGCCUUGGGUGCGCUUAUUAUUGGCGUCAUAUCCAAUUACUGGUUGCUGUUGCCCACGUUCAUAUUGAUUACGGUUUUGUUAUCACUACGUUACGUCUGCUUGAGUAGCAUGCGUAGCGCUAAGCGACUCGUCGCCACAACUCGCAGUCCCGUCUUUUCGCUUACAACUCAAACAUUCCAGGGUAUAACCACAAUACGUGCUCUUGGCGCACAGAAUACAUUGGAGCAAGAGUUUCAUGAACAUCAGAAUACCAACACCUCGGCCUGGUUUCACUUUAUAGCCAGCUCACGAGCCUUUUGCCUUUGGACAUCCCUACUAACUUUUGUUUAUCUGGCAGCACUCAUCUUUAGCUUUCUGUUGGUGGGUAACGAGCACAGCAGCGGCAUUGUUGGUCUGGCCAUUAUGCACGCCGUCAUCAUGGCUGACUUUUUACCGUGGCUGUUGCAACAGUCCGCCGAACUAGAGAAUCAAAUGAUUAGCGUUGAGCGUGUGAUUGAGUAUACGCAUCAGCCAACGGAGCCGCCAUUGGAUACACCAGCAAAAUUGCAGUUGUCAGCUGAGUGGCCUGCCAAGGGUCAAAUUGAGUUUAAGCAGUUAAAUAUGAGCUAUGCCACCAAGGAGCCGCUUGUGCUGCGUAAUCUUAGCUUUACCAUUGCACCAUGCGAGAAGCUUGGUAUUGUUGGACGCACUGGAGCUGGCAAGUCCUCGAUUAUACAGUCCUUAUUUCGGCUGGCCUGCAAUGACGGCCUGAUAUGUAUUGAUAAUGUGAAUAUCGAAGAUGUUGGCUUACAUGAUCUGCGCAGUCGCAUUUCUAUUAUACCACAAGAUCCUGUGCUCUUCUCUGGCACACUGCGUUAUAAUCUCGAUCCUUUGGGAGAGCGCACCGAUGCGCAGAUGUGGAAGGCAUUGGAUGAUGUUGAGCUGCGUGCUUAUGUUGCUGCUCUUAAAGAUGGACUCGACUGCCAGCUACAGGAUGGCGGCUCUAACUUUAGUGUCGGCCAACGUCAGCUGGUUUGUCUAGCUCGUGCCAUUCUACGCAACAAUCGCAUACUUAUUUUGGACGAGGCCACGGCCAAUGUGGAUCCUGAAACGGACAUGCUUAUACAGCAAACAAUUCGCAGCAAGUUUGCCAAUUGCACAGUGCUCACCAUUGCGCAUCGUUUACAUACAGUUAUGGACUCGGAUCGGGUGCUAGUUGUGGAUGCUGGUGAGGCAUGCGAGCUGGGUCAUCCCUAUGAGCUGUUGCAACAAACUGGUGGCCAUCUUCGCCAAUUGGUGGACCAGACGGGUGCCACUACAGCUUUAAUGCUUGAAGAAGUUGCUAAGGAGAGCUACUUUACGAACAAAAGUGAAUCAGAGGAGCAGAAAUCAAAGAAUUCUUAA